GUGAAUUUAGUUUGGGGAUUAUUUUAAAUUACAUCAAGUUAUCACGCAUAAUAACUUAAAAUGUGGACUAAGUCAUUUAUCGUAGUUCUGUCUGCUUGCAUAUUUCUUCAGGACAAUUAUGCUACUGCAGCAGAACACAGCUACACUGGAAAUUUUUUACGAAAAAUGGGUGAUUUUAAACAUGAAGCAGGCGAUGCUACCGAUACAUUGUUCAGUGUAUUCCAUCUUCACGAUAAUUCUGACAAACCUAGGCAUUCUCUUGCUGGUGAUUUUUUUCGGGCUCUCGGUGAUGCUAAAUAUAGAACUGCUGAAAAAGCCGAUGUUGUUGUAGAAAAAGCCAAGAAUCAAGUAGGAGAAAUAAUAGGAAUAAUCAUAAGACAAUUUCAACCAUCAGAAGGAUCUCCAGCAGCUCAACCCACGCCGAAGGCUGCUCCAAUUCCUGACAGACCAGCUCCAGUAUUUCCAUCUCCAUCGAAGCCUCCAACUGAAUCCUCUCCGAACCCUGUCAAACCAGCUUCAGGAUUCGUAUUACCACCAAAGCCUUGGGAAACAACCCCAAAACCUUCUGUUCCAGAAAUGACUCCCACCGUAAGGUCAUCGAGUCCUAAAUUUUUAUUUACUUCUGAUGGGAUUACACGAGAGCUAUCAACGAAUGAACUGAUUGAAAUAGCACAUUAUUUUGAGCGGUCGAAGAAUGUAUCUAACUGAAGUAUCAAAUAUGAAGAAUCUGAUUUAUGCCAACAUGAAUUGACAAUACCUUUAGACGGAAAAAUUGAAUGUUUACUUAUUUCUAUACCAAUUUUAUAUUUUUGUAUUUUAUUGUUCUCAUUCCAUAGUUCCAAAUUUUGAGAACUAAAAUUUAUACUAUGAUCCUAAAAAAUAAUACAAUGAACCACAAAUUUUAUAUAAUAGCACAGAAACAUAUCAUGUUUAUUAAGUAAUCAUUUGAAAAA